CUGGCAGUUGAGAGCGAGGGCCGCAGUGAGCAGCACGGCAAAAGCGGAGACAGGCAGGAGAGACCCAGGAAAACGCAACACGUAACAGCGCCGACCAGGUGGAGUGGCGAGAGAGGCAGGACAGGCAGUCAAAGGAUAGGCAUUCAGUGCUGUAUACACAGGGAGCCAACAAAAAUAAAAGAAAAACCCAAACGCCUGCCGCCUGCUUCAGAAACACUCCGCACCUUCCCCUGGAACAUGUAGUGGCCGUGCUAGAGCGGCGUUUUGGAUUCUUACAAUGAUCAUACGCCUGCGGUAUGGAAGACGCCUGCAGACCUAUCUGAAGAUAGGUGCCUGUGUCCUGGUGGGCGUCUGCUACUUUGCCUUCCUCUUCCGCGAGUCCCUCAAUGCCUACGAGCACCGAGAGCGUGCCACGGCCGCCGAGCUGGAGGCAGAUGCCGCGGAGCCCUCCAAGCAGCAGCUCAAGCUCAAGCGUCAGCAAAUGCAGCGUCAAAGACUGCUGGCGCAGCAACAGGCAGCGGCACAGGGCAACGCUGGAUCCAAUGCCAGCACUGGCACCGCAGCCACCGCUGCUGUAGCUCCACCACCGCCGGCCAGCACACUGAAUCCCGUCUACGAGUACUCCGAGGAGCUGCACAGCAGCACGGAGCGGGAGUUGCAGCGAAGACGCGAGCACCUGGCCGCCGUCUGUGAGCGCUACAAGUUGCAGGAAAAGUACCCACCGAAUCCCUGGGAGUUCUUUGUCUCACCGGGCCACAACAAUCUCGUUUGGUGCAAUGUCUUCAAGGCGGCCAGCAGCACGUGGAUGUAUUACUUCAAUAUUCUUGCUGGCUACGAUGUCAAGUAUUUGCAGCGUACAGAGACUCAGCCGCUGGAGCUGGCGCGUAAGCGUUUCCCCCGACCCGAGCUGGCGGAGCUGAUGGAACUCCUGCCCAGUGCGUUGUCCUUUCUGUUUGUGCGCGAUCCCUUCGAGCGUAUACUGAGCGCGUACCGCAACAAGCUGGAGGGCAAUCGAAACACCUUCUACAAGGCUUUGGGCACCAAGAUUGUCAAGCGCUUUCGUAACCACAGUCUGGGUGGACCCUGGCCGCGUUGCGGACCCACCUUCGAGGAGUUUGUGCGCUUCCUCAUUGCCGAACGUGGCGCUAGCAAGCGUUUCGACGAGCACUGGGCGCCCAUCUACAGCUUCUGUACGCCGUGCAGCGUCAACUUUACCAUCAUUGGCAAGACGGAGACGUUCCAGCGGGACUCGGAGUUCAUCAUACGGCAGGCGGGCCUGGAGACGCUGCUGCUGGGCCUGGGCAAGUUGCCGCAGCGAAAGCAGCGCAGGAUUGGCAAUCAGGCGCAAAGCGGCAUCAAAUCGGAGGCCGUGGUCGAGCGCUACUUUGCCGAUAUCGAUCGCUCAACGUUGGACCAAUUGCUCAAGAUAUAUCGCAUCGAUUUCGAGCUUUUUGACUACGAUUACCGCAAGUACUACGACAUGGUGCGUCCCUGGAGUCUGGAGCAGAGCACAGCGGGCACGGCAGCAGCUGCAGCUUCGGUUGUGACUACGAGCACGGCUCUGCCGGCUGCGGCAGCUGGCUCCACGCAAGGCUCAGCGACGGCGUAGACAGCAGAAAGCUCAGUAGAAAGAAGCCCCAUAAUCAAGGUGAAUUUAAUUGCAAGGCGACGUUCGAUGUUCGAUGUUGUACGCUGAGGGGAGAACCAUUAACUUACUCACCACGAACACAGAGAGACAAGCGGCAGAGUCUUCCCUGUGGUGAAGCCGUUACCUUGCAAGUAAAUUCACCUUGUCCCUAACCCUCCCCCCACAAUGCGAUGCGUCGUCAAACAAUCUUAUCAUGUACCUUUUUUUUUUUUUUUACACACACCGAACAAAAACACUCGAAACGAACCACACAAGCAACCAACCAAAAACAGAACCCAACCGAAGCUAACAAAUCUACCAAAAGUUUAAGGCCAAAAUCAACGUUUUCCAAAAACGCAAAAACAAAAGCAAACCAAAGAAACACCAAAACAAACAAACAACAAAACUC